AUGCAAGCAAGAUACAGACAUUCUCAUGAUAAACAUUUGAUUAUUCGCGUCUUACUUCACUUCAAAGAUGAUUUUAUCUUUGUUUGUCCUUUGUCAAUUUUAUUUCUUACCCAACCUGUACACCUAGCUACACAAGAUUUGAAGGCAUGUGAUGUCACUUUGAUAGUUCCAACUAGUAGUACAGUUUUACAAAAUACACUAAAAGCGGCGUUCACCUAUGAUCCAAACACCACACCAAGUGUAACCAGUGUAGAACCUUUAGUUGGUGGAACUGGAGGAGGUACAAACCUUACAAUCAUUGGCAAAAUGUUUGAUGAAUUAACUACUGUUAAUAUCGGUAAUUCUCAAUGUAAUAUAACGUCAAUUAAUGAGACCACAAUCACUUGUCAAACAGAUGUCCAUAACGGGAGUGAGAAAGUACCUGUUGACGUCAUAACUGGAAAAUAUGGAAAAGCCAAUGGAAACUUUCUGUUUUACUACGUGGAUCGUUGGUCAAGUCGUUUCACAUGGAACAACCAACCAAUUCCACAAGAAAAUGAUUUCAUUGUUAUUAAUCAAGGUCAAAAUGUCAUGUUGGAUGUGGAUACACCUGUUUUGUCCAUGCUACUCAUCAAUGGAGGGACUUUAUUUUUUGACCCAACAAAAGAUGUACAACUUCACUCAAAGUAUAUUCUGAUAUUAAACAACGGCAAGUUUCUGAUUGGAUCUCCUGAAGAGCCCUACACCAAAAAAGCUAUCAUUACACUUCAUGGACAUGUCAGAGAGAAAGAAUUACCUCUGUAUGGUGCUAAAGUUUUGGCUUUACGUAAUGGCACACUAAGUUUACAUGGCCAACCUAGAGUUGUUACAUGGACUAGAUUAGCAGUUACUGCGGAAGCAGGAUCAAAGACACUGGUAUUAGAACAUCCAGUUGACUGGCAACCUGGUGAACAUAUAAUCAUCACAUCUACAGGUGGAAAAUCGGCCCACAAUGAAUCAGAAGAGCAUAUAAUUGAUGACAUUUCAAGUGACAAUCGUACAAUUAGAUUGGCUUCACCGUUGGCUUUCAGAAAGUUGUCUGUGAAAAUAAAUUAUUCAAAUGGUAUCAUUGGGAAUUUUGCUGCUGAAGUAGGCCUGUUAACCAGGAAUAUCGUAAUACGUGGAACAGAAGAACCUAUAGUUUCAGCAGAUGUGCCUCAAUGUUCAAAUGAUUUUAGUACAGGUCAAUUCGCAACUCACACAUGCGUACUAGGAAAUCCAAAUGAACAGCUGGGUGCUACUGAAUAUGGUGGACAUGUUCAUAUUGGUGGACCAUAUGUAAACAGCGGUGCUGUUAAAGCUUAUCUAUCUUACGCUGAAUUUUAUUAUUUAGGCCAAGCCUAUCGUUUGGGUCGGUAUCCUAUACAUUUCCAUCUGAAUGGCAUGAUGAACGGGUCUUAUGUACGUGGUUGUUCAGUUCAUAAAAGCUUUAAUCGUGCCAUCAACAUUCAUAAUACCCAUGAAGUACUUGUGGAAAAUAAUGUGGUUUACGAUAUAAUGGGUGGAGCUUUCUUCUUGGAAGAUGGUAUUGAGUAUGGAAACGUGAUACAGUACAAUUUGCUUGUUCAUGUGAAGCGUACAAGUAGCCUUCUAAAUGAUGAUGUUGUCCCAGCAGCAUUUUGGAUUACACAACCAAAUAAUACAGUACAGCACAAUGUUGCUGCCAGUGGAACACAUUUUGGAUUUUGGUAAUGAUAAACCUGUUAUUGUUAUGAUAAAUUUAUAACUGAGUACACGCCUGAUUUAAUUUAAAGAGCAUAUGAUACUUUGAUAUUGAGUGGUUGGAGUUAAUGAACCUCCGAAGUAAU